UGGAGUCUUUGCCCCUUCCCCUAGUAAUGGCAUUAUUUGGAUUGAACAUUCUAGAUUUCAGUGGCCUUCUUCUGGUUAUAAAAGAUUGUGGCUUGAUUCCUCAAGUUCAAUCCAAAAAAAGUCUAUUCUAAAUCCAACUAGUUUCACCAACAUGGGUAUGGUUUUUGGUAAGAUCACAGUGGAAACACCAACUAGUUUCACCAACUCGGCUGACUAUGAAAUCCGAAAAUACCCACCUGCAGUUGCAGCUGAAGUCACAUACGAUCCAUCUCAGUUCAAGGGGAAUAAAGAUGGUGGCUUUUCGUUGUUGGCAAAUUACAUCGGUGCUUUAGGCAAUCCCCAAAAUGCAAAACCUGAAAAGAUUGCAAUGACAGCUCCAGUGAUAACUAAAUCACCUGGAAAUGAAAGUGAAAAGAUUCCCAUGACUGCUCCUGUGGUGACAAAGGGUGACAACAAUAGCAUGGUGACCAUGCAAUUCCUAUUGCCGGCGACGUAUAAGACAGCGGAGGAAGCACCGAAGCCGUUGGAUGAGAGGGUGGUGAUAAAGGAAGAAGGGGAGAGGAAAUAUGGGGUGGUGAAGUUUGGAGGAGUGGCGACGGAUAAGGUGGUGGAAGAGAAGGUGGAGAAUCUGAAGAAAAGCUUGGAGAGAGAUGGGUACAAGGUGAUUGGCCAGUUCUUGUUGGCGAGGUAUAAUCCUCCAUGGACUUUACCUGCUUUCAGGACUAAUGAAGUCAUGUUACCCGUCGAGUGAAUGCAAAACUGUGUGUUUGUUUGUAUGUUUGUUUAGCACUUCUGUUCUCACAAAUAAGUUUGGAUUGCAUAGGCUACAAAAAGAAAUGGUCUUACCAGCA